CUCCCUUGGCGACCCCCUCCGCGGCACGGGCGUGGAUACCCUCCCCGCCGAUCAUCCCGGCCUCCGCAGACAUCAACCCCACCGGGUACGACACGGUCGCAUUCGAGUCUUAUCGCACCUUCUGCCAGCUCUGAGACCAAGACAUCAUCCCGCAAAGGGUCCGCUUCCAGGUCUCGCUGGCCCUGCCCUUGAAUUGCGUGAUUGGCCAUAAUUUGACCAGAGUUCCAUACGCAGCCAGACCCCCUCCACGAGCAGUGCGCAUGGUCGAGGCCAUACAGUCCAUUGUACGAGUACAGCAAGUCCCCGCCGCCGAUAUCGCGCUGCGGUGGGAUUCCUGCUUCGAGACCACCGCCAUGGAGUACGAGCGGGGCCGGCUUCCGGAUUCCUCCCUCCGCGCCCACAUCUUCCCGGUCAUGGACAGUAUCCUGGAGCGGACACGGCGGCUCUGCGCCUUAGUCCCUGCGGAAGUUCCCCUGGGAAUCUAUCUCCGCUACGCGGACUGUCAGCACGUGCACUUUGUCGAGGUGGAGGCGGGCAAGGAUACAAGGCUCUAUCUUGGGGUGGUGCAUUGUCAACCACGCGGAAGCGAGGCGCAGAAGAAUCAAUGCGGCCCAGUCAGUCGUGAUGGACUUGUGGGGUGGGGAGUGAGUGUGGCUUGGGGAGAAUUCCCAGAGAUGAGCGGGAGGGUAUUCAGCAUAUUUCAAAGGAUUUGUUCGUGCUAUUGUGGGGGUGAGAUGUAUCAUAUCUAGUGAUGCGAUCCGGAGGCUCUGAUUCCGCCAUGCUAGAGGUUGCUCUUUU